GGUUGGAGGUUGGCACAGUUCAAACAUGGCGCUCAAGAGAAAGUCCAUUUUCCCCCUCCAAGGGAGAAGGAACUAAGCGAUGCAGUCAGCUGCUCUCUCCCCAGAGAAAGUCCCAGGAUCACCAUCAGACAGAGAAUACAGACCUGGCCAGAUCGUCGCUUUCAAGCUUGGCUGCCAUUGCAGGCGGGCCUGAUAGUCAUUGAUCCCAAGUUCUCUGGCAAGACGUUUUGAAAUCCGGCCAAACUUUCUUGACAACUUUCACCCAGAUAGCCAACUGAUCCCGUCCAUAACAAAAAGGAGAAGGAUGAAUUCUAGUGUGAGGCGAGCCAUAACCGCCACAGGUCCUCAGGUGAAGAGGAACCUCGCUUCCAGUUCCAAAUGCUUGACCAGUGAGAAGAAAGAGGGCUUCUUUUCGAACUUCUUUGAUCGCAAGAUCGAGGCCCAAAGCACGGCUCAUUCGUCCAAGUUCUCGAAUAAGCAUUCCAUCAUUGAAUGCCAGACUCACAAUGUGAAGCCGGAUAGUCUGGACAAGUAUCUGAAGGCUCAUCAGAAUCUGGUGGACUUUAUCAACUCGAAUAAGACCGACCUCCAUUGCGAGGCUUUGGGCAAUUUCCACGUGUUUGUCGGAGACGAGGACCAGUACGUCCAUUUGUGGAAAUACGACGAUGGUUAUAAGGGCAUCGACAAGACUUUGGCCAGUCUGAGACACAUUUCGGACUACCAAGCUCUCCGCAACGACAUCGUUCCACUUCUUCGCAAUCGUCAUAGCCAAUAUCUCCUUCCAUUCAGCUUUUGGCCCGAAUCCUACCCCCGGAAGAGUGGACACAUCUACGAGUUGAGGAGCUAUCACCUCAAACCGGGAACGAUGGUGGAAUGGGGCAACUAUUGGGCCAGGGCCAUCCGCAUGAGGGACUACAAGCACUCCGAGGCUUUCGCCGGCAUGUUCUCGCAAGUGGGAGAGCUCUACAACGUGAAGCACAUCUGGUGCUACGAUAGCUUGGAAGAUCGUCAAAACGCCCGGGAAGUGGUUUGGCAGAAGCAACAGAGCCAAUGGAGCGAGAUCGUGGCCAACACGGUUCCCUUGAUUCGGCACAUGACCUCCAGGAUCAUGGUGCCCAUGGAACAUUCGCCCACACAAUAGACAGACCCAACUAACUUCAUUGUGACGAACCCCGCCCCAAGUAAAUCAUGACAAGAUCGAAUUAUCGAGUUUAGAAGCAUAUACCAGAAUAAAAAAGCAAA